UUCCAGAGUACUGCUGGUUUAUAUUUUAACUCUUGCCAAGUUGUGAAACUAGUGAAGGAUGCUUAGACUACUUAACAUUCAAAUUGCUCUCUGGUUAAUCAUCUUAAGAAGACUGGAUUUCUGGAUAUCAACUCUACUCCAUCUCUAUUGACUUUUAAAAGAUGAUAAUGCAAACCUGUAACACUGACAGUCAUCCAUGAACCUUUAAUUACAGUGAUUGGUAGCGUUUGAAGCUUCCUCAGGGAGUAAACAAUGACAUCAGCAGUGGUUGACAGUGGAGGUUCUGUUUUGGAGCUUCCCAGCAAUGGAGUAGAAAAUCAAGAGGAAAGUGGAAAGGUUUCUGAAUAUCCAGCAGUGAUUGUGGAGCCAGUUCCAAGUGCCAGAUUAGAGCAGGGCUAUGCAGCCCAGGUUCUGGUUUAUGAUGAUGAGACUUAUAUGAUGCAAGAUGUGGCAGAAGAACAAGAAGUUGAGACCGAGAAUGUGGAAACAGUGGAAGCAUCUGUUCAUAGCAGUAAUGCACACUGUACAGAUAAGACAAUUGAAGCUGCUGAAGCCCUGCUUCAUAUGGAAUCUCCUACCUGCUUGAGAGAGUCAAGAAGUCCUGUGGAAGUGUUUGUCCCUCCUUGUGUAUCAACUCCAGAAUUUAUCCAUGCUGCUAUGAGGCCAGAUGUCAUUACAGAAACUGUAGUGGAGGUGUCAACCGAAGAAUCUGAACCAAUGGAUGCCUCUCCUAUUCCAACAUCACCGGAUAGCCAUGAACCAAUGAAAAAGAAAAAAGUUGGCCGUAAACCAAAGACCCAGCAGUCGCCAAUUUCCAAUGGGUCUCCUGACUUAGGUAUAAAGAAGAAACCCAGAGAAGGAAAAGGAAACACAACCUAUCUGUGGGAGUUUCUUUUAGAUCUACUUCAAGAUAAAAAUACUUGUCCUCGGUAUAUUAAGUGGACUCAGAGAGAAAAGGGCAUAUUCAAGCUUGUGGAUUCAAAGGCUGUCUCUAAGCUUUGGGGAAAACAUAAGAACAAGCCAGACAUGAACUAUGAAACUAUGGGACGAGCUUUGAGAUAUUAUUACCAAAGGGGUAUUCUUGCAAAGGUUGAAGGACAGAGGCUUGUAUAUCAGUUCAAGGAUAUGCCCAAAAACAUCGUGGUCAUAGAUGAUGACAAAAGUGAAACCUGUAGUGAAGAUUUAGCAGCAGCUACUGAUGAAAAAUCAUUAGAACGAGUAUCAUUGUCUGCAGAAAGUCUCUUAAAAGCAGCAACUUCUGUUCGUGGUGGGAAAAACUCAUCUUCUCUAAACUGCUCCAGAGCAGAGAAGGGUGUAGCUAGAGUUGUGAACAUCACUCCCCCUGGUCAUGAUGCUUCAUCCAGAUCUCCCACUACUACCACAUCUGUAUCAGCAACAGCAGCCCCAAGGACAGUUCGUGUGGCAAUGCAAGUACCUGUUGUAAUGACAUCGUUGGGUCAGAAAAUUUCAACUGUGGCAGUUCAGUCAGUUAAUGCAGGUGCACCAUUAAUAACCAGCACUAGUCCGACAACAUCAGCCUCUCCAAAGGUAGUUAUUCAGACAAUCCCUACUGUGAUGCCAGCCUCUACUGAAAAUGGAGACAAAAUCACCAUGCAGCCUGCCAAAAUUAUUACCAUCCCAGCUACACAACUUGCACAGUGUCAGCUGCAGACGAAGUCGAAUCUGAGUGGAUCGGGAAGCAUUAACAUUGUGGGCACCCCUCUGGCUGUGAGAGCACUUACCCCUGUCUCAAUAGCUCACGGGGCCCCUGUAAUGAGACUAUCGGUGCCCCCUCAACAGGCAUCUGGCCAGACUCCUCCCCGGGUUAUCAGCGCUGUCAUCAAAGGGCCAGAGGUUAAAUCAGAAGCAGUGGCGAAAAAGCAGGAACAUGAUGUGAAAACUUUGCAGCUGGUACAAGAAGAAAAACCGGCAGAUGGAAAUAAGACAGUGACCCACGUAGUGGUUGUCAGUGCGCCGUCAGCUCUUGCCCUUCCUGUAGCGAUGAAAACGGAAGGACUGGUAGCGUGUGAGAAAUAAAACAGCAGCGCUCCCAAGGACAUUAGAAUGUUAGUGAGAGUCCUGGUAUAAGUAUUUGCAAGGAUGUCAUCGAAAGAAGUCAGAAGACUUUAAAACAUCUUCAGUGCAUUUAAGAAAACAAUCAGACUUACUGGAAAUAAAUUACCUAUCCCAUGUUUCAGUGGGAAAUGAACUACAUAUUGAGAUGCUGACAGAAAACUGCCUCUUACAGUAGGAAACAACUGAACCCGUCAAUAAGAAAAAGGACUGAAAGGGACCAAGCAACUCACUACAAUAUCAAGUUACACUAAGACUUGGAACACUAACAUUCUGUAAGAGGUCAUAUAGUUUUCAGUGGGGAGGGAUUGGGAUGGGUGAUCUUGUUGUUACAUAUAGCAAUUUUUGAUGCAUUUUAUAUGCAUACCAGCAAUUAUUACUGUGUUCACACAGAACUCACUUAACUGGUGCUAUGUGAAAACUGCUAAUAUAGGUAUUUUAGAAUGUGAAUUGAAGAAUGGAUCCAAAAGCUUCAGAAAGAGGUUAGCAAAAAAGAUCUAGUGCGUUUUUUUUUUUUUUGUUUUUAUCAUAUAGCUUAAGCUGAUUUAAAACAAAGGCCUUAGACUAAUUUUCGGUUUUCUUUAUUGAAAUAAGCUAAUGGCUUGUUUGUGUAAAGCUUUUUUAUUAAAAGAAAAAUUUUAAAAAUCUUGUACCUAGCACAGUAUUGUUAUAGAAUUUACAUGUAACUUUUAUAUGGUAGUUUAAGUCUGUCAGUUUCUUAAUUGUGGACAAAUUAACAGUUGGCUCUGGCCUUUUGCUAUAACAUGCCUGUUUGUCACUCACUUAGCCCUGGCAUCUGUGCAGACAUAUCCGUUUCAGUUCUACUGUCACUUGGAAGUUAAGGCUCAGCAUGAUUUUUGUCAGGUAACUAAUACCUGGAGUUUUCUUUCUUCCUUUUUUUUUUUUUUAGUUGAAGUUUAAGAGGGAAAGUACCAGUGUUCAGAUUUGAACUAUAAUAGUUUGUAUAUUCAACAUUUGAAGUAUAUUCUAUUUUGUUGUACUCUUGUUUCAAAGUGUAUUCAAGUAGGUUUUCUGAAAUAUAGAAAUGAAAUUUA